AUGAACAUUCCUUAUACUUUUCCCGGCACCAAAUUGCCCCCAGGUGUGGAGAACCAAUACAACGAUAACCAGGAGUCCAAGAAGCAGCCGUUCCCGCUCCAGAUAUACGGAAAAUCACCAGGUAAUAGCCCGGCUCCCUCCUCUUUCAACUUGGGAACUCCUUCUCCGCCAUUAACCGCCAUUUCUUCUCGAAUUAUUCCCAAUGGCCAUAUGAUGGUUCCUCUGCCAUUAGCCUUCCCACCCCAAGGAGUGACAGGUUACCAGCAGCCAUUUGCCCAAGUCAUGCAGCAUCAACAGCAGCACCAGCAUCAGCAGCAGCAGAAUUCUCAACAGUAUGGACAAGACCAACUUCUGAAUUAUCCACUGCUUCAACAUCACCAGCAGGUAUUCUCCCAGUUCCAGCAACCGCAACAGGCGCAACAGCCACACCUGGCACAGCAUCAUCAACUGAACCAAGAGAAUUUCCAGAGCCUGCUACAACAGCCUCUGCACCUGUCACUGCGUCAGUCUCCCGCUCCCCAGCAACGGUCGCCGCAUACGCUGCCAUUCCCAACCCAACCACAAGUGCAUACGCUCCAGGGCCCACUGGGGUUGCAAAACCACCAACUGCAACCUCAGCAAAUUCGCCAGCAAUCGCUUCAACAGCAGUACUCUCAGUACCAGCGUAUGCAAUACGAAAAUCAAAAGCAUAAUGACUACCCAGAAAGCCAAGAUAGAUACUAUCAGGGCAUGAACCAAAUCAAUCCGCUCAUACGUGGAAGCGGAACAACCAAUGCAACAUCAAACCUGGAUUCACCGAUACUCCAACGCGAGGCUACUUUGGUACAUCCUCCAGUGCAAGAUUACACAAUGAAUAAUGGAGCUAGUCGGGAUGAGCAAAAGGCCCAACAAGAUCAAUUAUCACUGGCCCAUUUAACGACACCUCUGCUUGGUGAGCAACAGCAAAAUACACCUUCAUUGGAGACUACCACUAGUGGGCCAGGCUCGGACGUGUCACGUUCGAUCCUUACAAAAAUUGUGUCCGCAACAGACGGAGACGGCUCUAAGAAAAAGAGAGGACGGCCAAAGAAGCUAAUACUUGACCCAGAAACCAACCAGUAUAUUGAUUCGUCUCACGAACACUACAAAAGACUUAAUCGGAUGCUCAAGGAAAGUUCGAAUCCACCCAAGGCAACUGUUCUGAGCGAACUGGUAGGCAAAAUUGUCAGCACCGGCACCAACUUUGACUCACUUAAUGACCAAACGGUGAAGCAGUUACUUGAGCAGAAGGACCGACGUGGAAGACCUCGCAAGUUCCCAAUUGAGCAGACUGGAGUCACUAUCAAGGGAAUCCGCGUGAACGGAACACUCAAGUCCAGAAAGAAGCGUUCCGAAUCAGCAUCUCCAGAAGAAGGAGUACAGAAAAAGAAGAGGGGCCGUCCAAGACGUGAACAAUCAUCAAUUUCAUGA